GAUACACUGGGUUCUCACGGAAUCCCUUUACGCACGUAGCUCGCCAGGUUUUUGCCCAACACCAAUCCGGUCUUCCCCUCCUUUUUUCUCCACUCCCCUCCGCUGUCCCCACCCCAGAUUGUCGUGCAAUUUUCCUCAAUCCCAAACACUUAAUUGAGCAAUUGGGAUUCCUCACGUGUGGGCUGAUUUGUAGUUUGAACACGUGGCUCAUUCAAAAAAGCCGGAAUAGCAGAGGAUUUUUUUUCUCCCCCUUCUUCUUCUUCUUAUUCUAGGCUCUAGACUUAGAGGCGGGCGCCAGCCAGCCAGCCUUACCGUGUGUGACAUUCUCUGUCUCAUUGCCAAGGGGUUUGGAGGAAGACACAAAGUAGUUUCUCCUCCUUUUCACCCAGCCCGCCAUCGUUUGGAGACACGAGAUUAAUAAUUGAGCAUUUAUUUAUUGCGCGACAGAGACAGAGGGGCGAGGGAGCGCAAACGCACCGCGAGGCUGACAGUUUAAAUCUAUCUGUGGCUUGAACGACCGGGAAGCACGCCACAGCCGCUCGCUGGUAGUAAAGGCGAUUUAGGCGACUCCAAACGCUGCACCUCCGCGAGCGCAAAAUAACUAUCACUUCCUCGGCGCAGAGAUUGUCGCUUUUCGGCGUGGAACAUGAACAAGCUAUACAUCGGUAACGUGAGCGCGGAGGCGAGCGAGGAGGACUUCGAAACUAUCUUUGAGCAGUGGAAGAUUCCGCACAGUGGUCCUUUCCUUGUCAAAACUGGCUAUGCGUUUGUGGACUGCCCGGACGAGAAGGCUGCGAUGAAGGCCAUCGAUGUUCUUUCAGGUAAAGUCGAACUUCAUGGGAAAGUUCUGGAAGUGGAGCACUCGGUCCCCAAACGUCAAAGGAGCUGUAAGCUGCAGAUCAGGAACAUCCCGCCUCACAUGCAGUGGGAGGUCUUGGAUAGUAUGCUAGCUCAGUACGGUACAGUAGAGGGCUGUGAACAAGUAAACACUGACACAGAGACUGCAGUAGUCAACGUUCGAUAUGCUGCCAAGGACCAGACAAGGCUUGCAAUGGAGAAGCUGAAUGGCUAUAUGAUGGAGAACUAUGCCUUGAAAGUGUCUUACAUCCCAGAUGAGACUGCUGCAGAAGGGCCCGAAGGUCCUUCAGCAGGGGGCAGGAGAGGUUUUAACGCCCGUGGACCCCCUCGUGCCGGCUCUCCAGGCCUAGGUGCACGACCCAAAGUGCAGUCAGACAUUCCACUGCGUAUGUUGGUUCCAACACAGUUUGUAGGUGCAAUUAUAGGCAAAGAAGGUGCUACUAUACGCAACAUCACCAAACGGACCCACUCAAAGAUUGACAUUCAUAGAAAAGAAAAUGCAGGUGCAGCGGAGAAGCCCAUCACAAUUCACUCCACACCUGAUGGUUGUUCGAAUGCUUGUCGCACAAUCAUGGAAAUCAUGCAGAAGGAAGCCCUCGACACAAAGUUUACUGAGGAGAUCCCCCUGAAAAUCCUUGCGCACAAUAACUUUGUAGGAAGAUUAAUCGGAAAGGAAGGACGCAACCUGAAGAAAAUCGAGCAGGACACAGGGACCAAGAUCACAAUCUCACCUCUCCAGGAUCUGACCCUGUACAACCCAGAGCGGACCAUCACUGUAAAGGGCUCCAUCGAGGCGUGCUCAAGAGCUGAGGAGGAGGUGAUGAAGAAGGUCAGGGAGUCGUACGAGAGCGACAUGGCUGCUAUGAAUCUCCAGUCUAACUUGAUUCCGGGCUUGAAUCUGAACGCCCUGGGCCUGUUUCCCAGUGGAGCCCCAGGCAUGGGUCCCUCCAUGUCUAACGUCCCACCUCCUGGAGCUCACGGUGGAUGCUCGUCGUUCGGAUGCAGUCCUUAUGGGGGUGAGGGGCCAUUUUGGGCUUCUAUGCUGUUGGCGAGCAGCCAGCACCUUGCUGGACCCCCAGAAUCGGAAACGGUUCACCUGUUCAUCCCUGCACUUGCAGUAGGAGCCAUCAUAGGAAAACAGGGUCAACAUAUAAAACAGCUGUCGCACUUUGCCGGAGCCUCAAUUAAGAUUGCCCCAGCAGAGGGAAUGGAUGCCAAACAAAGAAUGGUGAUUAUUGUUGGACCACCAGAGGCUCAGUUUAAGGCUCAGUGUCGCAUAUUUAGCAAGUUGAAAGAAGAGAAUUUCUUUGGACCCAAGGAAGAGGUGAAGCUGGAGGCACACAUCAAGGUUCCCUCGUUCGCUGCUGGACGGGUAAUAGGAAAGGGUGGGAAAACGGUAAACGAGCUCCAGAACCUUACAUGUGCAGAAGUAGUGGUACCCAGGGACCAGACGCCUGAUGAGAACGACCAGGUUAUAGUGAAGAUUAGCGGACACUUCUUUGCCUGUCAGUUGGCCCAGAGGAAGAUUCAGGAGAUCCUGGCUCAGGUCAGGAGGCAGCAGCAGCCCAAGCCAGCACCUGGAGCCCAACCACCGCUGCCCCGCAGGAAGUAAAGACCCAGUGAACCUGGAGGGACUGGUGACUGAAACUGCCGGAAGACUUGACAGACGAACGGAUGGAGUGGGGUCCUCCGAGGACUAGGACAAGGAGUGGACGUGCUCAUCUCAGGGGGUCAAAUGUUAUCAGAACCCAACCAAACAUCUGCCCCUCCUUGUCUUACUUGAACUUUCAAGAGUGACUAAAGUGAACCUGCGCCUCUAAACCUCCACCCACCUCACCUCUACAUCUGUGAGAAUGUACUUCUGAGGGCUCCCAACAAUGUCACCUGCCCUCACUCGUACGCGCCUCGACCGCUCUUCUCCUCCCCCCACGGGUGUGUUAAACUUUUUAUUUUGUUUUUUAAGACUUUACACUAGAAUCACAAAGAAAAAUAAGGAUCCCCCUCCUAUCACCUAUUGUUGGUGUGGUACUUCAAACCUGACAGAAUAGUUUGGUUGACUUCAGAUUUUUUUUCAUAGCGUUUAAUUGGUUGAAUAUUUCUGGUGAGUUUUCUGUGGAAAAGAGAAGGCAUUGCUAACAAGGUCCAGGUUGGACCAACAGAUUUAUUUGGGGGGAGGGUUGGCUCAGUUUGGGUGGGCCGUGUUUAGGGGAAAGAUUCUUGUUUCAGGACAGGACCCCUGAAAGGGUGAAUUAUAUUGGGCGUCCUGCCCUUGUAAUGAUAGUGGCAUUUUAUAAAUUCGGAUGCAUUUUAUAGAUAGACCUAUAUACAUAGAUGAAUAAAUACAUAUAUAUAUAUAUAUAUAUAUAUAUGUUUAGAGGUGAGGGCAGCGCCGUGACUGACACUUUGGGAAAUGGUGCCGAACUGCUGCUGCCCUGAAAAAACCAAUUUAAUAUGCAUUUUACUUAACUACCUCAGGAUCCUAGUACCUCCAAAAGAGAAAAGAAAAAUGAUUAUAUAUAAAUAUAUAUUAAAAAAAAUGUUCCUUUCUUUUUUAUUUUGCUUUUGUGGUAUUUUGUAUACUUUAUAAAGCUGAUAGUCUUUGAACAUUUUUAUUUUUUUAAGAAAAUUUAAAAUGUGGUCAGCUGCCAACUGACCUUGCCUUCAACUCUGGUGCUUUAGGUGGCAUUGUACAUGUUUGUGUGACUUAUGACCCUGUACAGAAGUCUAUUUGUACAUAGCAGCCCCGGAGCAAGAGUUGGUGGGCCCCCUCAGCUGGCGGCUGACAGGAGUAUUAAGAAAAUCACCUCAGUUUUCCCCUGAGGGUCCACCAUCUUCUGAAGAAAAAAAAAGUACAAAAUAACCAAGACAUGCAAAUAAAGCCAACCAUGUAUACUUGC